CAGGUUCCCUGCGCCUUCUCCCCGCGGCCGCGGCCCGCUUCAGGCUGCCUCUCCACGAGGAGCCGCCUCGGCACCCGCUGCGUCCCUCCGCCUCUCCCUGGGGGCAGUGGGGUGCGGGGGAAGGGGGAAGGUCCCGCUGCCUGAGGGACCGGACAGAAAGCAGCGAAAUGGAUGACUUCCGUUCCAUCUGCCUGCUGUCUCUGGCCAUGCUGGUCGCCUGCUAUGUGGCAGGAAUUAUCCCCUUGGCAGUUAAUUUUUCCGAGGAGAGAUUAAAGUUGGUGACUGUUCUGGGUGCUGGGCUGCUGUGUGGAACUGCCUUGGCUGUCAUUGUACCAGAAGGAGUACAUGCACUUUAUGAAGACAUUUUGGAGGGGAAGCAUCACCCGGCGAGUGAGAUGCAGCGUGUGAUUGAGUCUGAGAAGGUAGCAGAAAUCCCAGUUGCACAUGAGUAUGGCCAUGAUCAUUCCAGAUUGCAUGCCUACAUUGGUGUAUCCCUUGUCCUCGGUUUUGUCUUCAUGCUGUUGGUGGAUCAGAUAGGCAGCUCUCAUGUGCACUCUACAGAUGAUCCAGAAGCUGCAAGAUCAGGCAACUCCAAAAUCACCACAACACUGGGACUAGUAGUCCAUGCUGCAGCUGAUGGUGUUGCAUUGGGUGCAGCAGCUUCUACUUCUCAGACUAGUGUCCAGUUGAUAGUGUUUGUUGCCAUUAUGUUGCACAAGGCACCAGCUGCCUUUGGCCUGGUUUCCUUCCUGAUGCAUGCUGGGCUGGAACGGAAUCGAAUUAGGAAACACUUGCUCGUCUUUGCGUUAGCAGCACCUGUUAUGUCAAUGGUGACAUACUUAGGGCUAAGCAAGAGCAGCAAAGAAGCCCUUUCAGAAGUCAAUGCCACCGGAGUUGCUAUGCUGUUUUCUGCUGGGACUUUUCUUUAUGUUGCCACAGUUCAUGUCCUCCCAGAAGUAGGAGGAAUUGCUCAUAGCCACAAACCUGAAUCAACUGGAGGAAAAGGACUCAGUCGUCUGGAGGUUGCAGCCCUAGUAUUAGGAUGCCUUAUUCCUCUAGUUUUGUCCAUUGGACACCAUCACUAAAUGCUCAGAUUUCAGAGUUAUCCUCGAUUUGAUGUGAGCAGUAAAUGUUGGCUGCUCAGUUUAUCAUUAUCUCUUACCCAUCAUCCAUCCCAUCCACUUUAUGGAGUUCAGAGGGUACCUUGAUUGCAAAAUGAGGAAUACCAGGAUGGUUUUUAGUGUAGCAAAACGUACUUUGGCAGCCGGAUGUAAAUUCUAUGUAACUUUUCUGAAGACAUUUGCUAUUUUAAUUGUUACUUCUGGCCCUAUUCUCAGGGAAGAUGGAAUUUGGAGUUUAAGAAGAGUGAGCAGAGAAGAACAUAACGACUGGUCAUGAAAUUGCAAACACCAAAGUAUCCUGCAAUUCAGCUUUCACAGCUGAGAGCAAAACCGAAGGAUGGCUGCCUUGCGAGAGAUUGAAGACUUAUUAAUGAAGAAGGGGGCUCUCCCCCAUCAGUUCUAUGUUGUCCUGAUGAUGUGACUGAUCCUUGUAGUGUUUGUCGCUAGUUGUGUUGCAAAAAUGGGCUACACUUGGAACUCUGGACAACACUGCUAUUGUCACAGAAGUAUCGCUGAUAGGAAAGAAGUUAUGUAGACAGAAGUGUAGGAUUAGAGUAGGAAAUCAGCUGGUUAAGAAAGUGCAAAUGAAUUUUGCACUGUGUUCCAUUAUUUAAGACAAAGGAUAGAAGCAAGGAGAAUAGCAUUUUGGCUGUUUAUGCAAUUGUUAAUAAAUUUUAAAAAGGCAAUAUUUCUUGGAAGAUAGUCUUCUGCCAAGUCAGUGAAGUGUAGGCACCAAAAAUGUUAGCAGGAAUUCAGUAUUGGGUACCGUGAUUACACUGCUGCUACUGUUGAGAGAGGCACCCGUAGUGUCCUUUGAAAUCAAGCCGUUUGGGGCUCUGAGGAGUAGAAAUCCGGUUGAGACAGCUGUUGGGGGACCAGAGAACAUUACUAGUUCAUUUUCAAAAGUCUGAACUACUGAAUCCAGUUGGGAGUUGUGUGUGGAGGUUCCAUUAAAUAAAAGGUAUUAAGGUUAACCAAACAAGAUGUUUAGUUAAAUAUUUAUGCUACAGAUGGAGUACUGUGUUUCUAAAGAAAUUCUGAACAAAAGACUCAAAAAAACCCAACCUGGUGGGUCCCAGUGAAGCUGUUGGGCAUUUUGCUUUUCCUUUGGGAAUUGGGCAUUUGCCUCUUACUGAGAAGCAUCAGUUUUGGUCAAUCUGCUGGAGGACUUACUACUAACUGCUGAUGCCUUUCACCGCAGAAGAGUGAUAAAAGAUUCCUCCCUUUUCUAGGCACAGCCUUCUCUUGUCAGGCAUAAUUUCUGUUAUGCAAAAUUAUUACUAUACUCUUAACUGUAGUGCAUUGAAAAGUCAGGAAUGCUUGAUGUGCAGAGACUCAAUACAAAAUUCUUUCUUUAGGGGAAAACUUUUUAAUGCUGUACCCUUUUUAAGCUAUACUGUCUGCACUUUUUAAAGAUAACAUUGCCAAAUAUUUUUUUUUAAUCAAGUGGAUUUUCAAGGCUUGAAAUACCUUAACUAAAGUGCUUCUUGCUUCCAUUUGAAUGAGUGUGUCUAUUUUUCAUGCCAUAUAUUGCUUAUACUACAUAGGCCAUUGUGCCUUUUAACUUCUUUACAUUUUUGUAGUUCUGUUUGUCUGCAGUGUUUGUUCGGCAAUGGGUAUGGCCUGGCUCUUGGAUAGUGAUUGUGUUGUUGGCCUUGUAACAAUACAGGUGUGUCCCAGGAUCGAGCCUAGUAUGAUCCCCAGAAGUGCUCAUUUGUUUGUGUGUUUCAUUACAUAUAAUCAAUGCAAAAUUAUUAGAAGUCAUCUUUUUCCAUAAGACAGUAUUUUCAGGUAGAGUUAGCGUAUCAGGCCUAAGCAAGCAUUUUUCUUACAUUAGGCCUUUGAUAGUUAAUUCUCUUCUGAUGAGGCACUGCAAAAUCAGAUAUGGAUGAGAUCCUCUCCUGCAUGUUUUUAAGUCUUUUUUUUUUUUUUUUUUUUACAACAUACACAUGCAACUAGUAAGUUACCUGUUUGAAAACUUCAGUGAUACAGGUUGCCAACACCUGCGAAUGAUACACAGGGAACACACCAGAGCUCCCAGUGCUCUUCCUGAUUUCCCUCUACCUUCUUCCUUGAUAAUCUCACUGUUUUACUUUGCUUAAUCUUUCUGUGUGACUGUUUCCAAAAGCUGAAGAGUUUGCAAGAUCUGCAGCAGAAGCAGGAGACAGGUUAGUGCAGCACCAGAUGCUUACUUUUUAUAAAACAGUAAGGUUUUUUCUUUAAACUGUGGUCUGUCACUUGCACUCCACGCCACUAGUUAGGCUGGCAUCCUGACUGUGUUCCACUUGAGCCUCAUCUUGUGUAUAAUAACAACAGUUUAGGGAGGUACGUAGGUAGGGUUCCAUUUCGUGCCUUUUGUUCCAGCAUUGGAGCAUGUGGGUAGGACCUUCAUAUGUGGAUCAGUGUGUAUUGAUGAAGAUGUGGCAGACGGCCUAGUCACUGCUGACGUAACCUCUGGCAUAUUAAGGUAAGAGGUGUCACUUCUGAGAGGUCAUCUUUUUUUUUUUUUUUUUCUCCUGUCCCUCAGAUCAUGUUUCCAGUUUCUGGGGCAGCCACCAGAAAUAGUAAUACUCAAUGGUUCACGAGGCCAAGUUACAGCAGUAGGUGAGGGAUUUUAAAUGAAAACAUUGGCAACUUAAAAUUGGCACAAAAAUUCUGGUAAGAGUACUUUUCAUUUUGGCAUUAGGUUAAGUGAUAGGUUUUCUGUGAUGGUGGGUGGGUUUUUUUCCCCUACCCAUUUAGAACUAGCAACAUCAUUUUUUCCUUGGCUGCCUCUUAACUCUGUUGAACUUUUAUUUCAACUUCUGUAGAUGAAACUGCAGAGCUUUUCUUUAUGUGACAAAGAGCAUAUAAAAUAUUAAAUGGUCAAGCCUUUCCAAAUUGUUAGUUCCACAUGGUGGAUUAUUUUCUUGAAGCAGAGUUUUUUAAUCAGUUAAAUAAAAUGGUCCAUUUUAUCAUAGCCCCUUUUUUUACCUAUCUCCCCAUCUGUCACGGUAAAUCCAAGCACUGCAUGUAGUCAGGGCCAUCUGGUAUCAUUUUCUACUCCUCAGGGGACCUUGGUGCAAACAGAUUCCUCUUACUCUCUCUAGUAGCCAUCUCUGCCUGUGUUUUCUACUGUGAGGUAGGUGGCAGCAGGUCUAGCAGGUAAUGCUUUAACCAAGCGCCAGGCAUGUCCCCCUGUCCUUCUGUAUACCUCUAGGAAAUCUAUAAUCUUCUCAUCGGCUGUUUUUUCAGUUAAUGAUUUCUUAAUGGGCAACAGGAGUUGGACUAAAGCUGUUUCUGUUGAUCCUGGUGUGCCCAGGUACUUCCCCUGCUGUUAUAAUUCUUUUGCUGUUCCUUGUGUAAAGAAGGGAAAUACUUGUUUUUCAGCGCUCCAUGACAGAUGCAGAAGCUGCACUGACAUUCAUUUCAGUGAGGAUGGCAGAGCUGUCACAGCAAGUUAGGAAUUUUUGAUAGUUGAGGCAUGUCAGAUGGCUAGGUGUUAAACACAGAAACCUGCUGUUGACUUCAAAGAACUGUUUCCAGGUGGAUUGUGUUAAAGGAUAAUGUUAUCCAAGAGACCCAGGAAAAGUACUGAGUUUAUUCAGGAACUAGUUCAGAGCCCUCAAGGAGCUUUUGACAGUAGCAGAUGUGUCCCUGUGGUAUCAGCUGUAUGCAGAAUGAAAGAGGUGCUGUGGAAUAAGUGCUCCUCUUGCUCCCUUCCCGUUCUGUGCUGGGAUUUGGGAAGAAGAGGAGGAAAGUGCAUUCGUAUUCUUUUGGGGAUGGAAAGAGGAGAAGUGGUUGUGGUAUAGUGGGGAAGUUUAUGAUGGAUUUGAGAUUCUUUAUGAUGAGGUUCAGAUUACUGUUCACCUCAAACUUCUUUGAAAAAUAAAUUAAAAAAAAUUUCUUACUGUCCUUUUAUUACAUUUCUUAGCAGCCCUGGCUUUCCAGGGAAAAACAUCGCGUGGUCAUUGCUGUUUACCUGACUCCAAGUAUGGAACUGUAAUUUUAAUGUCUUUUUUCCAAACCAUUUGUACACAAAAUCAUUCCAUGAAUGGCUGCCUUAUAAUUUUUCCACUUUAAUUGUGAAUGGUUAAAAUAAUGUUGCCGGUUUCAAUUUGUUUUAUUAUAUUAAAUUUUUACUAGGUGCA